CAACGUACCAUCGUCUCUGCGAAAAGCGAACCUCUAUUUCCGGGCCCAUAGCAACCUUUGUCUUUCGAUUCUUCAUUCCACUCCCCCCUUGCUGUACUCUCACCUUUCGACAUGACGGCCGAAGUCGCACCGCGGAAGUGUAUCGGGGUCGACUGUGACAAGAAUGCAGGGACGCUGCAGUGUCCGACGUGCCUGAAGGCAGGCACUGAUAGCUUUUUCUGCUCGCAGGACUGCUUCAAGAAGAGCUGGGGCGAGCACAAGACCAUUCACAAGAAGAGUAAUAUCCUGAGCAAUCUCUUCACCCCAAAAGUAGUUUCUGAACCAGAUCCAGCCACGGGGCUCUACAACCCCUUCCCGUCCUUCAUGUACCCCGGAAACCUGAGACCCGUCUACCCGCUGUCGCCUCGCCGAACCGUCCCGAAGACCAUCCCCCACCCCGAAUAUGCCAAGGACGGUAUUGCUCGCUCGGAGCAGAAGUUCGUCGGCCGCAAUAACAUCAAGAUCCUGAACAAGGAGGAGCAGGAGGGGAUGCGGAAAGUGUGCCGUCUUGCCCGUGAGGUGCUGGACAUCGCCGCGGCAGAAUUGAAGCCCGGUGUCACGACCGACUACAUCGAUGAGGUGGUUCACAAGGCUUGCUUGGAGCGCGAUUCUUACCCGUCACCACUCAACUACUACAACUUCCCCAAGUCCGUCUGCACGUCCAUCAACGAGAUCAUCUGUCACGGUAUCCCCGAUCAGCGACCCCUCGAGGACGGCGACAUCGUCAACAUCGAUGUUACCCUUUACCACAACGGGUUCCACGGCGAUCUCAACGAAACCUACUACGUCGGCGACAAGGCCAAGGCCAACCCCGAUGCUGUGCGCGUGGUGGAAACCUCCCGGGAGUGUCUGGACAUGUCUAUUGACUUGGUCAAGCCCGGUAUGCUGUUCCGCGACCCUGGCAACGUGAUCGAGAAGCACGCCAAGUCCCGCGACUGCAGUGUGGUCAAGAGCUACUGUGGCCACGGUAUCAACCAGAUGUUCCACUGCGCUCCCAACGUUCCCCAUUACGCGAAGAACAAGGCAGUGGGCACGGCCAAGCCCGGCAUGGUCUUUACGAUCGAGCCUAUGAUCAACCUCGGUACCCACCGCGAUCGUACAUGGCCUGAUGACUGGACCAGCUCUACGGCGGAUGGAGCCCUGUCUGCCCAGUUCGAGCACACUCUUCUGGUGACCGAGGACGGCGUCGAGAUUCUCACGGCUCGCCUGCCGACCUCCCCCGGCGGUCCUAUCCCUAUGCCGGCCGCCGAGGCACCGAAGACGGAGGCUUGAUUUUGCGACACCAUUGCGUGAAGUUAGAGUAAACGAGAUAGAACGUUGAUGAUUACGACAUUAGGUUUCCUUCCGAUUGAUCACCAUCCAAAUAUGGGUUUGGAUUGAGGUGUUCGCACACUAGUGUGUAAAUAGUUCGUUGCCAUGUUCCUUUGUACUUCCGCGCGGGACAUAAUUGCAUGUGUUGGUGUUAUGAAUGUGAUGUUGAACGAGUCAAAAGCAGAUUGCUGUAGUUAGCAUGAACGACAAUGAAUGACUCAGCCGUCAUGAUGUGGCAGGUGCGCGAGGCCAAUGAAGGGAUAGAUUU